GGGAUUUAUUCGUUGUGUUGGAUCUAGUCAAAUCAGUUGUGAAUAUUGCACCUGCGUGACAAACGGGACUAAAAUUUCAUUGUGCGAAGCUAAAUUGCAAUCAGUAAUUUAUACGUGUCAAUUUUUAACAAGCUGGAUCGUUCAAUCGAUUGAUUUUUGACUCGAUUUAAUUGAAACGACAACCUUGACUUUAGAAAUCUCAAUCAAGAUUAAAUUAUGAUAAGAUGAUAAAUUGAUACGUACAAUUCGUAAAUCAUUAGUACGUACGUGCGUGAGUAACGCCUUAUGGCAUGUUAUUUGCAAUACAGAUGUUUUAUAUAUAAAUAACGUAUACAUUAUGAUCUGGAAAUUUCAUGUGUAUCGUAUAAUAUAUUUAGAUUGACACGUCUAAAAAAUUAUUAUAUAGUCUUCACAGUUACGAGGGUGAGGAUUAAAUCAGUUUGAAGAUGGGGGGAAUGUUCAGAAGCGAGGAGAUGGCCCUUUGCCAGCUGUUUAUUCAGCCAGAGGCAGCUUACCUUUCCGUUUCUGAACUAGGAGAAACUGGAACGGUGCAAUUUCGUGAUUUGAACGGUGACGUGAAUUAUUUUCAACGAAAAUUCGUCAAUGAGGUUCGACGAUGCGACGAAUUGGAGCGCAAACUUCGAUACAUCGAGGCGGAAGUCAGGAAAGACGGUGUGCCUAUCCGGGAUAAUCUUACAGAACUACCGCGGGCACCCGCCCCACGUGAGAUUAUAAAUCUCGAGGCGCAUCUCGAGAAAACGGAGAAUGAUAUACAAGAGCUGAGCCAGAACGGGGUGAAUCUGAAGAGCAACUAUCUCGAGCUGAUGGAAUUUCAGCACGUACUCGAAAAAACGCAAGUGUUUUUCACGGAGGAAGAGGCCAACGACUCGAUUACCAAGGCGCUCAUUAACGAGGAAGCUCCGAAUCCAGCAACUUCGAUUCGCGGACAUCUGGAAUUCGUCGGUGGAGUAAUAAAUCGCGAACGAGUUCCUGCCUUCGAGAGAAUGCUUUGGCGUAUAUCCCGUGGAAACGUAUUUCUUCGGCAAACCGAAAUUGACAAACCAUUGGAAGAUCCAGCUACGGGCAACGAAAUUUAUAAAACAGCCUUCGUGGCGUUUUUUCAAGGAGAACAGUUGAAAACUCGUAUUAAGAAGGUUUGCAUUGGUUUUCGCGCUUCGCUCUAUGAUUGUCCAACGAGCCAAGCUAAACGUCAGGAAAAACUGAAAGCUGUGCGAGCACAGUUGGCAGAUCUUAACAUGGUAUUAAAUCAAACGCAAGAUCAUCGCCAACGUGUUUUGCAUAAUGUAGCAAAGGAAUUGCCAAAUUGGAGUAUCAUGGUGCGAAAAAUGAAAGCCAUUUUUCACACGAUGAACCUGUUCAACAUGGAUGUGUCGAAAAAGUGUCUUAUUGGAGAAUGUUGGGUGCCUAUUGCCGAUCUCGGGACUGUACAAAAUUGCCUUACAGAAGGAUCGCAAGCGAGCGGAAGUUCUAUACCAUCGUUCCUCAACGUGAUCCACACGGAUGAAAAUCCCCCGACGUUCAACAGGACGAACAGAUUUACAAAAGGUUUUCAAAAUCUAAUUGAUGUAUACGGUGUGGCAUCGUAUCGCGAGGCUAACCCGGCGCUUUACACCAUCAUUACAUUUCCAUUUUUGUUUGGUGUCAUGUUCGGCGAUGCUGGCCACGGACUAAUACUGACGCUUUUUGGUGCGGCCAUGGUGCUACGCGAGAAGAAGAUCAUCGCGCAAAAAUCGGACAAUGAAAUUUGGAAUUUAUUUUUCGGCGGUCGUUAUAUCAUCCUCCUCAUGGGUCUGUUCUCCAUCUACAGCGGUUUGAUCUACAAUGAUAUAUUCGCAAAGUCAGUUAACAUAUUCGGAUCUAGUUGGAGAGCUGAGUUUACGCUUAACGAUGCAGUACAAAAUAAGACGUUGGAAUUGUUGCCGGAGGAGAAGGCGAAGCACUAUCUGCAAGAACCAUAUCCUAUGGGCUUAGAUCCAGUUUGGGCGCUCGCUCACAACAAAAUUGUAUUUCAGAAUUCGUUCAAGAUGAAGCUGUCGAUCAUUUUCGGCGUCGCGCACAUGAUCUUCGGCGUGUGCUUGAAUGUUGUCAAUAUCAUGUAUUUCAAGAAGUAUUCCAGCUUGUUCUUAGAAUUUAUACCACAAUUGUUCUUCCUUGUCUUUCUGUUUUUUUACAUGACUGUCUUGAUGUUUAUUAAAUGGAUUUUAUACAACGCUUCGUCUGAUGAUGAAGGGCGAAGACCAGGUUGUGCACCAUCGGUUUUAAUUACGUUUAUUAACAUGAUGCUUUUCAAAGAUGCCCCUGUGCCCGCGGGUUGUUCCCAAUAUAUGUUUGAAGGGCAGGAUAUUUUGCAGAAAGUUCUCAUUUUUUCUGCCUUAGCAUGCAUCCCCGUGAUGCUGUUUGGAAAACCGUUAUUUAUAUUAUGCUCGUCAAAAUUUAAAGCUCCAGGGAAAGUUUACAGCAACGGAAAUGCGUCCCAGGACAUCGAGUUGCAGCCGCAGGAAGUGCAGAGCGCGGGGACCAGCAGCGAUGCGGCGGGUGGCCACGGGAGCAAGGACCAAGGCUUUGGCGAACUGAUGAUUACUCAGUCCAUUCACACCAUAGAGUACGUCUUGUCUACUGUCUCGCACACCGCGUCCUAUCUACGGUUAUGGGCUCUGUCUUUGGCCCAUUCCCAGCUAUCCGAAGUACUCUGGAACCGGGUGUUGCGGCAAGGCUUAGGCGCCGAAGAGGAUCAGUACGUGAACAGUGUCAUACUGUUUGUCACCUUCGCUGUCUGGGCCUUCUUUACUGUCGUCAUUCUCGUCUUGAUGGAGGGUCUCUCGGCGUUUCUUCAUACACUUCGACUUCACUGGGUCGAGUUCAUGACCAAGUUCUACAUGGGUAUAGGAUAUCCCUUCCAACCAUUUUAUUUUAAGAGUAUUUUAGAUGCCGAAGAUGCCGAAGAGUAAAUCGCUGCUAGUCCACAGCAAUAAUUGUUAGAUAUAUGUUUACUGAAUAUAUAUUGCGGGCGAAGAUUUUAUAUAUAUAUAUAUUAAGUUUUUCGUAUACGCAAAAUCUUGUCUUAUUGCCUGGAGCAAUACAGAAGAAGGACCAAAUUGCCGUGAAUUGUUUCAAGCAAGUCUGACAAUGUGCCUUCUUUAAUCAUUUUAGAUUUUAGCAUGUCUAUGUAGAUUGGCCGAAUAUGCGCACGGUAAUUGCAAUAUCAAUUUUAAAAUAUGUUUUCUUUGUAUUUUUUUUUAAUCGCGGAUGACAACGCCGGACGGGAAACCGACGCGCGUUAUAAAAAUUUAUAUUUGUACAUUAAAUAUUUAUAGAAUUUUUCAAACUUUAUUUAACUUGUCGAAUUUGUGUGAGCAAAUCUAAAAAUUCGUUCGCGGAAUCGGCUUUUAAAUAUCAUCAUUAAAGUAAAUUUUUCUUGGUUUUUAUCUAUCUAUUCUCUGCGUUGAUCUUUUAAAUUAUUUGUAGUUCAAAAAGAGCAAGUAAUAAUGUUCGCUUAAUAAAAAAGCUCCAAUUAAUAUUUGAACAUUUUUGUUUUAACUAAAACGAGUAUUGGUUCUGCUCGUCCAACGUUCAGUCCCGUCCAUUAUAUAUGUAUAUGUAUAUAUACAUUUAACAAUUACGAUGCGAAAUGGAAAAGAAAUUUAAUAGGUGCGUAUGAUUCAGCAACUGAUUCAGCUACCGCUGCUGUCAAGUGGGCAUUGUAUUCAUUCCAUUAAUUACCUAGUAACGUGGAUAUGCCAUAGUCGAUAUAGCUCGUCCUUAAACAACUCUCGUCGCGCGUUGUAAUAUUUGAUAACGUCGUGUAAUGCCGUUGAAAUAAUAGCGUUGUCGCGUGCGCAUAGUUAUUCUCCGCGAAAAAAGUAACGAUUGAAACCGCUGUAAUUUUAGCGUUUACGACGAAGAUGAGAGGGGAAAGCGGAGAGAUUAUAAUGAUUCGAAUUGUUGGAGAGAAGCCAUUAUGUGCCGCAUUAAUUGAUUAAUUACUCGUGAUGAUGCUCGACAGAUUCAGGCGCGCAGCGCGAACGUACAUUCUUGUAUUACUAGAGUACAAAUUCUCCCGAGUGAUUGGUAAAUAUACGAAUAUUCCAACUUUUAUGCAAAGUUACCAUUACGACUGUAUCCAUCAUAGGUAUUAAUGUUAUGUCGAAAAAA